AUGGAAUUUUGCAGUUUGAUUAUCUGUUGUACAAAGGUUGUUGAACUGUGGUUAUUCAACAAGCUAACAUCAAUUGGAAGCUUCUACAAGUGUCAGAUUAACAACCUCACCCUGCUUUCAUUGUUUUGUAGGUUGAAAUCCAUAGCUGAAAUAGAUGACCAAAAGGAAACUUGCAAGAUUAUUGUUCGAGUGAUAAACAUGUGGACUAUACCAAGAUCGCCUAAAUCUAUUGUUGAGCUAAUUUUAGUUGACAAGAAGGGUGAUAAAAUUCUAGCACAAAUGAGGAAUGUUGAUGUUCAACUCGACAAUGUAAUUUUUGAUGUUGGUCAUACUUAUGUUAUUAAGAACUUUGAAGUAGAAAAGAAUAGUGGUCAUUAUAAAGCAACACGUGGAAGUAUCAUGAGUUGUACUUUGUGGGAGUCACUGGCUCUGGAGUUUAAGGAUUGUUUUGAUAGACAUAUUUCUGGUCCUGUGGUGUUGUUGCUCAAUCUGGCUAAAAUCAAAGAAGCAAGAGGCACUUAUCCAAUAGCAAUCCAGAAUUCAAUGUAUGGUUCUCAAAUUUUUGUGAAUACUGAAAUGAAAGAAAUUCUGGAAUUCAAGGAUCGGUUCGCCAAUCGAUUUCUGCAUAAUGCUCAAGUGAAAUGCUUUGAUGAACUUAGCCAAUUGAAAAAGGAGUGUAUGUGCGUCACUGUGGCUACUUUAAGCAAGUUGUUGGUAGCCAAUGGGUGGAUCUAUGAUGGGUGCCCCAAAUGUAACAAAAAAGAUGAUGGCGAAGGUUCGUCGCUUUUUUGUGUUGAAUGUGGUAAUAAGAGUGCAAGUACAGUUGCAAAGUUUUGCGUGGAUGUCAGAGUUGGUCAACCUAAUGAGUAUGCAAUUUUUACACUAUGGGAUCGAGAAUGUUAUGCUCUGAUAAAGGAGACUGCAGAUGAGAUUAAGCAGAAAAUGAUUAAUGAGGAUGGAGUAUUUGAUGCAGAGAUAUACCAAAAGAACUUGAUCAUGUUCUGGGCAAAAGAUUAG